UAGAGACAAAAAGAAAGAAAAAGAAAAUUAGAAACAGUUAAUAAAAAUGAAGCAAAUCGUCUUGCUGAAGAAUUAUUGAAUGUCAAUAUCGCAAAUAGUGAUGAAGAGAAGAAUAAAUCAAAUAAAAAAGAUGCUAGUAUGUUGUCUGUGAAAAGACCACCUGAAACUUCAGAGAAACAUAAAACAAUAAAUGGAAAUGAGUCUAGUAAUGAGGAUGACAGCAAAAACGAAGACAGCCCAGAUGAGGAAUCUGAGGAUGAGUUGGAUUUGACCAGCACCUUUGUAUCGAAAGCAGCCAGCAUUGCAAAGCGUAAAAUGGAAUUAACACCUAAACCAGAGAAGAAAGAAAAAAAGAAAAAGCCUGAAAAGGAUACAGAAGCGAAGCAAGAGAUAAAAGAAAAUGGCAAUGAAGACAAUGGUGCAAUUCUAGCUAGGAGUUUCGAACAAGCAGAUAUAGAUAUUCAUCUGGCCAAUAGUGGCCGCUUUGAAGUUGCUGUGACUUAUUUCACCAAUGCAAUCAAGUUUAAUCCAAAGGAAUAUAAGCUCUUCGGUAAUCGGUCUUUCUUCUAUGAGAGACUGAAGGAAUACGAUAAAGCACUGAAUGAUGCAGAAAUAUCACUCAGCUUGUGUCCCUCUUGGACAGAAGGAUACUUGAGAAAAGGAAAAGCAUUAGCUGGCCUGCAGCGAUAUGCUGAAGCGGUAGUUGCUUUAAAAGAAGUAUUAAAGCUUAAUAGCACAUGUGCUGAUGCAGAUCAGGAGCUGACGAGAGUCCAGAUUAUGCAGUUGAUGGAAAUGGGCUUCACUCGAGAACAGAGUACAGAUGCUUUAAUAAUGUAUGGGACAGUUCAUGCGGCACUAGAAGCACUGUCCAACAUCCAUGAAACCCCUGGAAAUGGCCAUGCUGUGGAAGAGGAGUGGAUACUGAGUGGAAAAAGAGGCCACUCUGCUGCAAAGUCUGUGCCACGACCCCAGAUACCCCAGACCACACACCUAAAACCUGUGCUUCAACCAAGAGCUGCCCAAACAAACAUACAGCUCGGGGAGCAGCCUAUAUGGGUAGGAAAUGUGACUAAUUCCAUAUCACUGGAACUACUGAAGCACGUCUUUAGCUCGGCUGGUCCAAUCAACAGUGUUAAGAUGCUUUAUGAUAGACACUGUGCCUUUGUUAACUACUCGGACAAGGAGGCUGCUGAACGGGCUAUCCAAACACUGCAGGGCUUUGAAAUUGAAGGAACCAAGCUUCUUAUCCGUUAUCCUGAUCACUCUUAUAAAUAUCAACGAAGGACAAAUCUGCCCUCUGCUGUUCCAGGACUUGCUGCUGUACAGACUCCUAAACCCUUAGUUGUGGACCACUUGCCGUUGUUCCCACUGGCUGGGUGUUGAUUCCUUGACGUCAGCCAUGCUUCAUCAGGCCACAAAGGUAAUACGAGAUUCCCCUGGAGGACAGCCAUUUGUAACUCUCACAUCUGGUUGUAACCCUCUGUUAAGGACCUGCUAUGCAACAUUAAAACAACAAACAAGACACUUCAAGGUUUCGGUGCAAUACUCAUUUGUAUCGAUCGCCCGCUUUAAAGUCCAAUAACACUGACCCUUAAACUACCAUCUGUGUGGGGCUGUUGUACAGUUUACCAUUCAUUUGUCUUCCUGCUAAGACCAGCUCUGGUUUAUCCUGGUUGGAGCUGGUACUUGUGCUGGUUUGAGACUGAAACAUCAACUUAAAAUUAAUCUAACUGAUAAAAACGGCGGCUAAGAGCGAUCGUAGCUUGAGUAAAAUAAUAAUCCGUUGUGAUCUACGAGAGGAAACUGUAAUCACUGUUGCUGCUAACAUCCCUCGCUGCUAGCGUGUGAACUAUUUACUAAUGGUCUUAAACAACAUAUUUAUUUGAUAUACUGGUUUCUGUCUUUUUAUUGGAUACCCUGUUCCAUGGAUACAUUUUUUUUUUAAAUAAAUAGAAUGUGGCAUAGUGUGCAGUUUAGUUCUGUAUAAUGCUCUUUUUUUUUUAAACACCAUUUGUACUCCUGUCUUGUUUUACUCUUGUAUAAUGUAGAUACCUAGAUGAUCUUUACACUGCAAUUCAUUUGACCCACUACGCCCUUUAUAAUAUUUCUGCCAGAGUACCAUUAUGGACAAUAUUAUUACAGUGAAUAAGGAUUCCAGACAUGUGGUUUUCCGAAGAGGCCUCUGUUUAUUUUUCCUCACACAUUUCGUUACCCUGUCCUCACAAUUGGUUACACAAGCCAUGGGUAAUCAGAUAUAUGUACAGUUCAGUAAAUACAUUGCAUUUGCUUUUUAUGUUUCUGAUAUCACUGCACACUGUACUGCCAUGCGCUUCACUUCCUGAGCAUCCAACUCCAUUCUCUGCCCUCACACUCCCACGAUUUAUCUCCUCCUUUGGGACCCCAAACCCUGAAGUACACAGCUAGAAUAUACAUAUGAGGGAUCAUUACACCUUGGGAAAGGUUUAAGGCAUAGUUACUGUAAACUGCAGUUGUUUUAUUUACUAGAAAUGGCUUUGUUCUAUAGAUUUUAUAGGUUUUAACUCGAGCACUCUCAUCAUUAUCUCUCUCAACACCCCGGCUGCGCUUAGGCAGGACAGUUUGGGUCUGAAGUGUUAAGACAAGCAGCGCUUGUAAUGAUCUUACAGUAGAAUGAGCAAACCGAAGCAUCACCUGUAAAUCAGCGGGGAGUAAAUUAGAGAAAGGAGGCAUUCAACCAGGGGUUUGCAUACAUGUCAGACCCAGGGGCAUGAUGUUUACCUGCCUGGCAGGAAAACAAUAAUCGAGUUGGUAACCUAGGCUCUUAAAAUCUAUAUCUAGUUGAUGCACUUGCUCUUUAAAAAAAUAAAAAAAUUGAAAUUGAUUGCAAUGCGAUACUCCCCAUUUAACAACAUCCAAUUUUCUGUGCUAUAACGGUCGAUAUCUGUGUUGUUUUGAAAGUGAUGUGAUAGCGCUAAUGUCAGUAGGUGGGCUCAUGUGAUUAGAUAAGGUCUCUCAUGUGUAGCAGUCUGUUUGGUUGAACUUUUUAUAUUUGAUUUCAGGAUACAGUGUGUGGGUAUAGCUUUGUGCCACAUGAAGUUGAUUAAAUGUAAACCAUAUAUUAUUCAUCAAAACAUCAUUUAACUUUAAAUAACUCAUACGUUUGGGGCCCAGUGUUGAUAAUGUCUAGGCUAGGGCACCAGACUGGAUUGUGCCAGUUUUCAUUUUUGUCCCGGUCAGAAGCGAUGCAAUUGUUAACUUGUCCCUGUUUUGCUAUUGUAAUCUA